CCAAAUAUGUUAAAUGUUGGUCGAAAGCGAGCCCAACAAAGAGGGCUUGGAGAUUUGGGAUCUCUCGCAUGGAUUGAGGGAGAUGCAGAAAGGCUUACGUUUGAGGAUAACUCAAUGGAUGGUUACACUAUCGCUUUUGGUAUUAGGAAUGUUACACAUAUUGAAAAAGUUCUUGCGGAAGCAUACAGGGUACUGAAAAAGGGAGGGAGAUUCCUUUGCCUUGAACUUAGCCAUGUAGACACUCCAGUUUUCAAGCAGUUUGUUGAGUACAAUGUUUAA